AAUGGUUGGUAAACAUUUUUUGUUUAAUGUCAAGUCAAAAAUCGGCGAAAUUUUUCAUGUCCCAAAAAAGUGCGCACCCUUUCUGACACUGACUGACCGUCAAGUAGCGAGGCGAGAGCACUCGCGCGAGAAUGAACAGCUGUUUUAAAGAUACAUAUUUCUACUUAUUUUGUGGUGUAAAGUAAAAGAUAUUCGUUUUGAUUUUCUUCACUUAUCCUCCGUUCUCUAAAAAUAUUUGCCUUACACUAUUAUUAGUUAUAUAUAAUGCACAGAAAUCUUCCCCAAAAUAAAGAAGCUUUGCUGAAAUCGUAUACAACAAGACUUAAAGAAGACGUCAAAAGUAUGCUAGAAAAUUUUGAAGAAAUAAUAAGGUUGGCUAAAGGAGAAAGAGGGGAGAAUGAAUCCCAACUGAAUAGAAUGACACAAAUAGAGCAAGAUACAUUUGAAAUGCAAGUCCGAGCUGCUAAUAUAGUGCGAGCUGGGGAAUCAUUAAUGAAACUAGUAUCUGAUAUCAAACAGUAUUUAAUAUUGAAUGAUUUUCCAUCAGUUAAUGAAGCAAUUACUCAAAACUCCAAACUCUUCCGCACCAAACAACAGGAGUGUGACCAAAAACUGAUGUCUUUACGUGAUGAAAUUGCAGCAGACCUCUAUGACUUGGAAGAUGAAUACUUUACUAGUAUUUAUAAAUAAUUGUAGAAGUCAAAAUUCCAAAUCUUUUGUGUGAAGUUCAAGAUGAAAUCCAAGAGCUUUAUUAUGAAGUUGGGGAGCCACAUCAAUUUUAUCAGAAAUUAUUCAACCAUCAUGGAGGCUGUUUCAAUAGACCAUUCAGAUUAUUUAAAUAACUACAAAAUGCAAUGUUUGGUUUUUGUUUAUGUAAAUGAUAUUAUUUUAACACUUUUAAAAUAUCAGGAUCUUAAAUACUGUAUGUACUGUACUGUACUAUAAUUUAACGUACAUAUUUUAUAAGUAUGACCAUAAUAUUUUUAUACUCAUAGUUAUUGAUGGUUCUUUUUAAAUAUUUGUAUCAUUUAUCCUUGCCAAAUUAUCUACAGUUUUACUAUCGAUACUAUUUAUAAUAUUGAUAUAUUUCAGCUAUCGAUAGUGAGCUGGAAUUCAUGAGUAUUUAUUUAAGGAGAGCAGGUAGGGGAAGAACCCAGUUCACUAUUGAUAGGCAUAAACAAUAAUAAGGAAAGUAUUAAUAGGACUAUUGAUACUAUCCUUUAUAGAUUUUAUUAAUUCACUUUACUCAUCUAUUGAUAGUGGACUAUCAAUUGGCAACACUAGGAUCAUUCUGUAAUACAGCAAUUUAGUUUUCCUGUUUAAAAAGUCAUUUAUUCUUCUUACCUAAUUAAAAACAUAUUUUUAGGAUAAAGUACAUAGUGGAUGGAUAUCUGCAUAAAUAAACAACAUUUAAUUUUA